AUGUCUAAGACUUUGAUUAACGAGGAGCCCAAGCAGGCAGACUCAUCACCUGUCUCCCAAGAUGUUGCCGCAGAAUCAAUCAGUGGAGAGACGAAAGCAGCAGCACCGCAUGUCUUCAAUGAGCAGACCAACUAUGUCCCCAGGAGCACUAUUAUUAUGCUAACGUGCCAAUGGAUAUUCCUGGCUUGCGCGGCAGUCGAUCUGGUAGCAGUCAUGGACCAGACCACGCUGGCAGGGAGUCUAUCUAUCAUCGGAAAUUCCCUGAACGCCAGCAACCAGACGUCUUGGAUAUCUGGAGGGUAUUUUGUCACCUCGACCUGCUUCCAACUCUUAUACGGGCGACUCUCCGAUAUCUGGUCCCGGAAAUAUGUCCUUUUUGUGGGCUUUGGUAUCACUUUUGUCGGACUGUUAGCCUCGUCUCUAGCCCAGACAGCCACCCAAUUGAUUGUCUUCCGUGCCAUUACUGGCAUCGGCGGUGGCGGGCUCAUGUCCGUGGCACAAAUGAUUGUCAGCGAUGUGGUGCCACUCCGCGAACGAGGUAAAUAUCAAGGCAUUCUCGGGGCCGUGGUUGCCAUUGGAAAUGGCAUCGGCCCUGUCAUCGGGGGAGCUCUCGCUUCGAUAUCGCACGACUCCUGGCGAUGGAUCUUCCGGCUCAUGCUGCCACUCACAGCCAUUGCCACGUUGGCGGUGCUGUUCUUCAUGCCUUUGCGAAAGGUCACUGGCGAAUGGAAAGCAAAACUGAAGGCCGUCGACUUCCUUGGGGCCCUCUUAGCUCUAGGAGGUACGGCUCUGCUCAUGCUCGGGCUGACUUGGGGUGGUGGCGAGUAUCCCUGGAAGUCAGCGCAUGUUAUAGCAACCAUCGUCAUUGGGGUUGCUGUGUGUGUGGUGUUUAUGCUAUGGCAGUGGAAAGGCGCUUCAUAUCCUCUAGUGCCCAUGCAUAUCUUCAAAUCGCGCAUUGUCAACGGCGCCUGCUUAACCAUGUUCAUCAACGGGUGGAACUUGGUGGUGCAGCUGUACUACAUCCCGACAUUCUAUGAAUUGGUGUUCUACUACUCGACCACUAAAGCCGCUGCCAUGUUAUUACCAAUCACUUUGCUGCAGACUGUAAGCAGCACCGUCUCCGGCCUAAUCGUCCACUGGAUCGGCCGAUAUCGAGAACCUAUCCUGUUCGGCUGGAUCAUCUGGGCCGUCGGACUCGGCCUAAUCUCGACCCUCGACAAAUCAUCCAGUCUAGGCAAACAGGUCGGAUAUAGCAUUCUGACUGGUAUAGGCGCAGGAAACACUCUACAGCCAGCCCUAAUCGCAGUCCAAGCCGGUGUCGAACGCCACGACAUGGCCAUCGUGACUUCAUUCCGGAACUUCAUCCGAAACCUAGGCGGAACUCUCGGCCUCGCCAUCGCCGGAACAAUCAUAACCAACCUCCUCUCCACCACAACAAGCACCCUAAACCUGACCCCGACGGAAAAACAAUCCUUCCUCGCCAGCCCCAGCAACUACCUCUCCUCCCUACCAACCGAACAAGCAGAACAGGCCCGCGCCCUCCUCAUCCCCGCCUAUCGAAAAGCCUUCCGGAUUGUGUUCACGGUGAAUGCGGGCCUCGCGGCGUUGGCGUUUUUCUUGGCGCUGGGGUUGAUUCCCCAGGUGGUGCUGGAACGGGCGGAUGAUGAGCGGUUGAAGGUGGAGGGGAGGCGGAUGGUGGAGGGGGAAGAAUAG